GGGAUCAAGUCUUCUCUGUCUUAAAAAAAUGUCAUCGUAACAGGAGGCACCAAGAAGCUUAAGUGUAGCUCAUAACACAGAGAAAAAUGACGAAAUUUCCUCAGGGGUUUGAUCUCAGUUUCCUAAACGACGAAGAAGCCAGGAAGAUCCUUCAGGUGCUGGAAAGAAAUGAGGAGCUACAGAGGGCAGAGAAGGACAGGAUCAGCAAACUCCAGAAGACAAAGAGGGAUAUCAGAUGGCUUCAUGGAGUGACUGGUGAAUGGUUUGAAGAAAUUCAAAGAAAAAAGUUUUGCAAUGAAACAGAUGUUAGCCAAAUGUUAAAACAACCCCUUACAUACAGGCUAAGGAAGGGGAUGGCAGAAAAUGAUCCUAUGGAAUUACAAACAUCACGAUCUAAAAAUAUACCUGCUCAAAGAAACCCAACACCCGUUCCUUCUCGGCUCGGUUUCAGAUCAUCAUUUGCUUCCCUGUUCUCAUUCGGAAAACCCAGGAACGAGACUUUAAAGCCUCAGCGACUGGAACCGAAAGGAUGUGACAGGCAUGCAGGACCUGCCGUGUCUGUGAGGGGAACUGCUGUGCCGGCAAAAUUAUAUAAUUCGCCUCUGGAAAAUCAACCAUUGGAGAGUGCAUUUGUUCCCAAGUCAGCAGGCAUGAGGGAGGGAAGCAGCGUGCCCCCGUGGGAUGCUUCUGCACUGGAGAGUGAGUUUUUCCGAGUUUUAGAUGAUUUGGAUAGCAAACUGGCUCAGGAACAGUCUGAAAGCUCAGCGAAUACAAAAACACCUCUCAACUAUGGAUCAAGACCACAGUUCAGUCGUUUUCACGCCAGUGGGAACAGACAUGGUAAUGCCACAGGAAGGCACAGAAAUCACUAUAAUGAAACUUCUAAUAUGUCUAUCUAUGACAUCCUAAGACCAGGAACCCCUAGAGAAGGUUUUAAAACCUUUUCUUCUAGAAUAAGGACAAUUUAUGAUAUGUAUAGGACACGGGAGCCCAGAGUCUUAAAAGAAGAUUAUGUGCAAAAGAAUACUUUUGGUAGUAGUUCUCUGUGUUCUGACAGCAGGCGAUUAGCCUCACCAGCUACACGGUAUUUCACAGCAAGAAGCAUACAUUUUCCAGCCACAACUCAGAACAAGAAUGGAUUUACACCACCAAGCCACCAGCAGAGCCCAAAGAGAACUCCUUUAUCAUCCAUCAUAUGGAAUAGAUCAGAUUCGUCUGGAGACAGACUGAACCAGGAAGAGUUCCUGGGAGCGCCAUCACCGAUGGAAGUUGACCCUGCUGACCAGUACGUGUACCCCAGGUGUUUUCAGAAUAGGAGCUAUGAAUUUUAUCGUUCACAGAGUGUUUACCAAAGUACAAAUUUAAAUUCCCCCAUGGAUUGCGCAGUGAACCCAGACCCAUUUGAGAACUCAGAGAAUAUGCCAUUUUACCAUCAAGACAACCCGUUUGCUAGGUCUUUCUUUAGCAAUACCUUUGGACGAAGCAGGGAACAGAGAUUUGGACAUAAUUCUUUUUGGGGCCAACAAGAAGAACAUUCUUCUUGGUCUGGCUUUCAUCAAAGCAGGAAACCAUUCACUUCUUCCGUCAGGGACUUUGAAAUGAUUUCCAGUGAAGCAAAUAGUGCAUCACCUGGUCAUGGCCAUACUGUUUCUUCUCAACACUGGGGAUCAUUUUCUCCUAGUUACAGAACAACUACUUCCAGAGACCAAGAAGAGCCACAUCCCUCGCAGUUUGAUUCUCAGACAUCCAUAGUGGAAAGCAUGGAGGUGUCACAAGGUAAUGGGAACCAGAUGACUCACUUUGGCACACCAAAUAUUUGCUCCACGAUUGAUUCAAGCUAUCACAUCAAAUCUCGUGGGUUAGAAUGUCAACAGGAAAGUUCUCCUAAAGAAGUGCAUGUCAACCAAGAACCUUACUCAUUUGGAAUUGCUCAGACUUUAGCAUCCUCAUUCACAACUUCCUUCUCCCAUGUUCCUGAGGACAAAGGGAAUCAACAGGGUCCCACCUUUCAGAAUACCACAGUCACUUGGCAGAAAAUUAAGCCUGCCUCUCUUCCAAUGAGAAGCUACACAGAAGUCACCAGCAGCAGUUCAGUUGAUUCUCCACCUCUUACUCAAAGCCAACCCAGUAUCUUGGCCACAGAAGUGAAUAAUGAAAAAGACUUGAAUGAGUCUAUUUUGGAAAAAGACAAACAACUAUAUAAGAUGGACCAGACAAACGCAACGAGUGAAAUGCCCCAACCUGUUUCAGAGACAGUAAUCUCUAACACGUUAGCUGAUUUGCAAAGUCCCCUCUCCCAAGACUCAGCCCAAACCAAGAGAUUUAUUUUUAAUGCAUCUACCACCAUAAGUUCAAAAAAGUCACCGAAAGUCAUUUCCAGGAAAGAUAACUCUAAACUUCAUAUAUCACAGAGAGAUAAAGCCAAUGAACUGAAAAAAGAUAAGGGUUAUACUGAAAACCGAAAAUUUGGCGCAGCAACUUCCUUUCCUUUCAUUCAGGAAUGCAGAGCACCAUCAUCUUCUCCUAGCCCAAAUCAAGGUUGUUACCAGGAAUUAACAGUAAGUAAUGAAGACAGUUCAAGCAUUAUUGAAAGUAACCCCUGGACCUCUGAACCUACUGGUGAUCAAAAUGCACAAUCUCCAGAAAAGUCCGGUAUUUUAGAUACCAAGGAAGAACAAUGUACCAAAACUCAUUUUACCAAUUGUAGCAAGUCAACUACUGGCCACAAUAUGCCAUGUGAUUCUGUAGGUCUGUCAUCAGGUAUGCUGCCAGGUUCUCCACCAUCCAGUGAUUUUUUCCAUGGUGAUCAGGUGGUUCCUCCUACUACAGUGCUCUCCAGGGAAAGUCUUUCAGGCCAACAUCCAUCUCUGAGAGAAAGAGAAAAAGAAGACAAUAAUAGCAAGAAUCAAAGUAAUCAGUUAACUUGGACCCUUUCAGAAACUGAAAAGAGUGAUGAUAGUUGUAUGCCUCUAAAUAAUGAAGUGAUUGAUGUCAAGUGCCAUUCACAUCCUCCUUUCAGGGCUGGAAAGGGAAAAGCAAAAAUAAGACAUAUAUCCUAUAUUGAAAAGUUGAGCAAAACAGAAAGUAAAUCAACACCCACAAGUGGCAGCAGUAGCCUCAUUGAGGUAAAUCAAAGUGAUUCCAAGUCUCCUGACCACACAAUUUAUUGUACCUUGCCAAGAAAAGCAUCCAGUUUUCUCACUAAUAGCAGGAAGUCAGAAAGUAAGAUAAUGGCUUCUUCAUUUGGGAAUGAGCCACUUCCACUCCAAAUUGAAAAUAAUUUGGAAGAUCCAAUAGGGAAAGACACAUCAAAUAAAUUCAACCCCAGUUCCGAGUCAGAAAGCAGAUGUCCCAAAGUAGUUUCAGACUCAGCCUCAGUAGCACCUGAAGCCACAGAGAGGAUGACAAAUAGGACAAACAUUGGAUCUGCUUCCACUAGAAAAGGAUCACUCCCAUUCCUCAUCAAGAGGGCUGUGUCCUGUCCUUCAGAGGCAUCACAUGCCUCAUUUGGAAGAAAUGAAAGAGAAGAAUGCUUGGUUUCAGGCAUGGAUGCUUCUGCUAUAACACUAAGACCUUGGGAGAAAACCACUAACCCUCUGGAAAGUGGCUCAUCAGUUAGGGAUUGUUCUUCAACCAAAAGACACCACCAAAAGGAACACUUUCAAGAAUGCACGGAAAAGGAUGGUGAAAUCGCUGCCACCAAGACAUUUUCCCUCUCAAAAGAAGACCCUUUACCUUUUUCUUCAGAUAUGUCAGGGGGAAAAAGUGGGAAAACAUUACAUAAAUUUAAGACUACUAGUAUGUUUUCUGUUUUUGGUAAUGAAGAUAAUGUAAAGUGUCUUGAGGUAGUUUCAAUAUAUUACACUCUACCAAGGAAACACAGCAAAAAAUUAUGUAACCUCCUUCAAAAAUAUACUCAAAACACCGAUUUACUUCCAGAAUCAACUAAAGUGGGGACUAUAACGUAUUCCAAUGCUUUAGAAAAAGAAAGACUAAAUUAUUCCACACAAGAACAGUCAGGAACAUCUUCAUCUGAACACCUGAACACACUGGCCAGCUCUGCUCAGGAAAACAGCAGUUGUUUUUCUCCCAACUCUGAAAAGGUGGCUAUUUUCCAGUUAGCAAGUACUAGCCCCUCGGAACCUACACUACAGGAAAUGGCUCCAAUAGGAGCAGAUGUUUCUCUUCAUAAAGGAGAAUCUAAAACCAGAGAGAUUGCCCCAGAUAACUUAGCUAAAACACCUCUAGGUGAUUCACAAAACAGGAAAAAGAGAGGGAAAAAGUUGCAAAGUAAAACCAUGCAUACUUCAUUAAUUCUUCAGGGAAAGGAAGUUACAAGAGAGAAAUAUGAAAAUUGUCAGAACUCCAUUAAAUCACCUGACAGUGGUCCUAAUCCUCCAGCCCAUGCAGAAGGGGUUGCUCAAAAUCCCCAAACCAGAGGAAGUUCUGGGGCAUAUGCAGGUAAUGGUAUAACCACCACAGUUACUGGAAGUGCAAAGUGUCUUCAGAAAGAUACCACAGGCGUAGCUGAAGGUGAUAUCUCCAAUGGAUUGCAGCCUAGGGAAGUCAGAGGAGCAGAUUUCCCAAAAAAGACUGAUAAAGCACUUCCUGACUCAGGAAGCCAAGUCUUUGCUCUUACUCCAGCUUUGCAUAAACUACAUCUGGAUGAGGAGAUUUGUUCAGGUGAACAAGAUUUAGACAGUUUGCAGUCUGAACCCGGAGAACUACCUCAAAGAAGUAAGGAGGUAAAUCUGACAAAGAAGGGCAAGGCUAAAGAGGAAAUGCAGAGGCUAGCAUGGGAUCAACCCUCACUUCCUGAAGGAAGUAAUACAAGUAAAACCAGCUUGGAUGACCAAGAGAAAGGGAAAAACAGAUCCUCAGUUAAACACAGAUUGGCAGCCAUGUCCAAAGCAAGCAGAAAAUUUCCAGCUAAAGAUUUAAGCCCCAGAAGACAUGUAGCUACUGUUUUCCCCCAAAGUGGAAACAGUUCUGGCUUCAGUGGUUUACCUCUUGGCACACCAGAGUGCAACCCACUGUCCCCUGAGCCUACUCCAAAAUCCACAGAAUCCACUGAUGUAAGCAGUUUGAGUAAUGAUGGAAUGGAUGUGAAGAAAUCCGAGAACCUUCUCCAGGUUACUGUAAUAUCCAACAGAGAAGCUGCUACACACUUAAGCAAUCCAAAGUCUAACAGCAUUUCACAACCACAUCAGAAUGAGUUUAAAAAUAUCUCAGAAUCACCACCCAAGUAUGAGAAUUCUAAAGAUGUAACAGUAGCUCGGAUUUUGGGAAGAGAAUCAGGUACCCUGACCCAACCCAUAUUCACCAGCCUCAGGGAAGCCGACUUCUCUAACCACCAGAGGAGGUUGAACCCUUAUCUUCCAGGGGAGCCUGCAGAGAAAUCUGCAGUAAGCAUCCCCCUGGCCAGCUGUCAGCAGCAACAAAGGAGUGCUGCAUCUCUGGAGUGGGAACCUGAGCUAUACCCCUAUCGUUCAAAGAGUUUAAAAAGCAUCAAUGUGCAUGGUGAUCUGUUACGAAAAAGUCAUCCUCCAAAAACCAGGGAGCGCCAUUUUUCUGAAAGCACUUCUAUUGACAAUAGCCUGAGCCAUCUGACCCUUGGGGAUGAGUUCUCUAACAACAAUGGGUAUACUCGAAAAUUCAAAUCUUCUUCUGAACUUCCAUCUUACGAUGGAAAUGAAAAUUGGGCUUUGUGUAGCAGCAGGAUGAAAAUGGGUCCCAAGUCUGCAACAUCUAUAUCCAGACCUAUCGACUAUGGGAUAUUUGGGAAGGAACAACAGUUGGCUUUCUUGGAGAAUGUAAAGAGGUCACUCACACAAGGAAGGUUAUGGAAACCAAGUUUUCUGAAGAACCCUGGCUUCCUGAAAGAUGACGUAACUCACCCUCCUAAUCCUAUGGAGCCAUCAAGCUCAGAUUCUCCUAGAAAUCAGAUGCCAGAGGAUGGCUUACCUCCAAAUGUACCACUUAAUAUCUACGAGGAGGACCCAGUAGACUCAGACUGUGACACAGACACAACUACAGAUGAUGAGUACUACCUGGAUGAAAAUGACAAAGAGUCAGAACUGUGAGGCUUUUUCAAUAAAAUGCAUAAUCUUUUCUCCAAAAUCUAGUAAUGGAAAUAAAAUGUAAAUGUGUGUGUACAUGGGAAGGACAGAUAUUUAAAAAAAAAUAAUCUAUUUCUGAAGCAACCUGAAUUCUUCACCCCAGAGCAUGCAUGUGUGUGUGUGUGGACACACACACACUUCCUGAAUUCCAGAGCAAUGCCUUCUUGUUUUGAGGGAUUCUCUGCUAUUUAUCUGACUCUGUUUAUAUCCUUAGCUUUCCUUCCCAUACCCAAUUUAAGUCUCUAAUUCACUUUUCAAUGUUAGCUUUCCUCUCUGCUUCCCCCUAGACUGUUUUUUACACCUUUCAUGUGAUUUACAACCCUAAUGUCCCAGGCACAGGUACAAAACUUGUUACUCAGUACAACUGCAAAACUGUAUAUUACUUCCUCUGGUCCACAUCCCGUACUCAUGGCAUUAAAAUAAAGGCAUGAUGACAGUGGAGUAAAUAUUGUCAUCCCGUUUGAUUCAUCAGCAUUUAGGAGGUCUAGGGUUUGUUUUGUUUUGUUUUUUCCUUCUUCUUCUUUCAAACAAAGAUAAGGAAAUUUUCAUAAGGACAUUCUGUUACAUCCAUGGUGGACCCAGAGAGGCACCUGUCUGAAGUGCUUGUGAUAAUAGAUGAGGAGCAGAAUUCCUCGUAGGCCAAGCAACAGUUGUACUCCCAGGAAUUCCUUUGAAAUUGUUUGCAGAAAUUGGCUGAAUUGUUAAGAGCUGAAUUUUAAUCAAGGACUGGGGCCAGGCAACCUGAGGGCACAGAAGGAGGCUUGGCCCCAAAAUUUCUGCCUAGGAAAGAAACAUAACUGAGUGGUGGAGAUACGUAGACACGCCUUCGUGAGACUGCCAUCCUUAAUGCAGCCCUCUGAGCAGCUGGGUAUUCCCACAUCCUCAGACUCCAUUUUUCUAUUUUCCUCAUUGCUAGAUGGAACACUUUUUUCACUUUUUCCCAUGUGCAGCAUUUUAGUCAUAAAGAUCAAAUGGUAGCCUUGGCCAGGUCCCUAAAUGGCUGCCAAGUCAGACCUGACAUCCUGAAAUUCCCAGGCUUCUCUGUGGGAUCAUUUGCCAGACCCCUGGGAAAUGAUAAGGCAGAGCUUCUAAGGGCUUGUCACUGUCAUUCUUUCAAUAAUUUGUCUAGACUAAGUAACUUCCCUUACACCCUGAUAACUUGAUUUUCCCAGCUCCUUAGUUGCCAUGCAGAACUUUGGGGAUUUCUUUUCCUAACCAGACCAAAGAUAAUUCACCAAAACUAUAGAAAGCAUGACAUCUGGGUUUCAGUGCUGUGAAGGUCAAUGUGAAUGGAUUUCACCUUGUUCGGUUUAUCUUUGCUUCCUGACCUUAUUUUAUUUUCCAUUUUUCUCACCCGUCUGUUUCAUACAUAUGAAUAAGGAUAAUGAUAGGUGUUGGUGAAGCAUAUGGAGAUCUGGAACUGAUAAAAUUCAAGAAAGUGUUAUAUUAUCUUGUCUCCUAAAUCAUUGCCUUGCCUGGAAGCAAGAUGCCAGGGCAAGUUUACCUGGUUCCCAAGCAACUCAAAACUGAUAAAGAUGUGUUCACUAACAUGAAUGCUAAUCCUUAAGUCUGAAAAUUGUUUUAAAACAUCAGGACCUGAACAACCUUGAUCUUAAAGAGACUGAUAACAGAAUUUUAAAUGAACUCAUCUGAGUUUUUCCAUUUAAAUUUGUAUGGUAAAAAAAUAAAUAACAUUUUAUUUGUUUUAUGUAUGUUUGUAAGUUCUACCUUUCCUUUUUAUUAUUUAUCUGAUUAUUUAAGUAAAAUUUUUAUAAACCAUGACCUAUAUUUUCUAUAUAAUUUAAAGAUAUUCGUUAAUAUUUUAACAAUAAAACUCUUGAUUUUUUUUUAAUGAUCAGCUUGCAAGUUCUAGUUCAGUAAAUACCUGAGUGUGCAUGUAUGCUACAAAAGGUAGAAUGAAGUUAGUUUAUUUUUCACUGAGUUUAGGUUCUAUCAACAUUGUAACUAAACAUUCUUAACACAGGUAAGAUAAGGUGAAGAUAAACUCCUUUGGGGCCCUGAUUUUUUGCACUAGAAUCUACUAUAUCUGAAUUCAAAGGUAAUUGAUGGUCAACACUCACUUGCACUAUUUGUAAUAUUUGCUUGUUGCCUGGCUAAAGAAUCAAGACAACAGAAAAUUCAUUAAAAUAGCACCUUCUAUAGUUUUAUACUUUUAUAAAGCACUUCAUUAAAGAAGUAUUGCAAUUUCUAUGUAUUUUAACAUACAAACUGCUGCUUUUUAAUACUCAUUUUUCAUAUAGCAAUAAUUUCUAAUAGUAAUUUUUAUACUUAUAACUUGUUUUCUAAAGAUGUUAUCAUUGCAAUAAAUAUUCACAUAAAUGGAAUAAACCAGGAGGUAAAUUAUUAACUUGUUUAGAUAAUGAACUUCUGUAACCAUAAAUUUUUACAUGUAAAGUCCAUUUAAAAUAGGGCUUAAUGAGAUUAUUUUGAUUUUUCGAGACUUUCCUCUAAAUUACUCUCUUACAUUGUAAAUACAUUGAUGUCAAUAAAACUCCAAUUGCUACUAACAAUGCUUUAGUUGAUGAUAAGCUAAUAAAAGCUAUUUUGUGUAGGAGGUAACUUUGUGCCUAUACUGGAAGUGAUGAAAGAAAGUUCACUUAGGUUAUGGUGAAGAUGAAAAUCAAGUUGGAAAAUUCACACCUCCAUAAAAGUAAUACACACCAUUGAAUGCCAGAGGGUUAAAGAGGCCUUAUUGCUAAGAGUUUAUUGUUAAUAGUAUAAUGCUUCAGAAUACCCCACUUAAAUAUACAGUGUAUAUAUGUAAAUAUGUAGGUAUUUUAUUUUUAAAGCAAGUUUGUGAUGUGUUACCACUUAGGGGCUCUUUGUGACUGGCACUUCUGUGUUCUGAAACAAAUAAGCCUUAAGCACUUUUGUUAAAAUGUUGUCAAAUAAUCCUUUUAUGUACUUGUGCUCUAGAUACGAAAUGUGUUAUAAGACAAAGCGCAAAUUUAAA